AUGGCAGCCUCCUCGAGAGGCAUGAGCCUCUACCUCUGCCUCGUCUCCCGACCCGGCCCCCUCUACGCGACGACGACAGCAGCAACGGCAACGACACAACCCCUCCUCUCCCGCCGACUCUUCAGCUCCCUGAACCCCCUCCGAUACGCCGCAAAACCCUCGCGCACGACAACGAUCCCAAGCAACCUUACCCGCAGCGCCGUCUCCAAACCUCCUCCUCCUCCUCCUUCGAAGUCUCCCCUCCCAUCAACAUCACCAAAGACGACAACGAACCCCGCGACGCCAGCACCAGGCACCGGCGCCGCAGCCGGCUCAGCCUACGCCCUCGCAACAACCCUCGCCCAGCGCCCCCAACCAACGGUCCUCUACGAAGCCGCCUCCCACCUCUGGAUGAAGGUCUCAGCCUGGUCCGCCGCCACAAUGUUCUACUCCUACGCCGGCAUAAACUACUAUUUCACCCUCCUCGACCCCCCUCCCGACCUCGCCGCCUGGGUUCCGCACGCCUUCGCCUUCAUCUGCGUCGCCACCGCCGGCUUCGGCUCCUACUUCCUCUUCAACGCCCGCAACAUCGUCAAGAUCAUCCGCGCCGUGCCAACGGCUUCCCUCUUGAAGUCCGCGGGCGGGAAGUCCGCCGCCAGUGUGCUGCCCCUAGGCGUGUCCAGCGCAAAAGCAACUCCCGUCGUACUCGAAAUCACAUGCGAGCGCAUCCUCCCGGGAACCCCCAAAAAGUUCCUCCUCGUGCCGGACCAGGUCACCAUCCCAACCCGGAUCUACUCGCCCCUCGUAACGCCCACGCCCGCCAUGGAGAGGGCCGCCGCGCGGCAGAGGCAGGUGCAGGCAAGAGCCGACUGGGAGUACGACAAGGGACACCUCAUGACGACGCCGUUCCGGCACGCGAGCAAAGGAUUUAAGGCGGUGUGGUACGGCGUCCGGCGGGCCAUCACCAAGGAAGGGUUCAUGAGGAUGGAGGCCGGCGGGGAGAAGCUCAAGCUGGACGUCUCUACGGGCUGGGCGUUGGAUGAUGGACGGGCUAUUGAUCGUCUUGUCAAGAUUGGGGCGUGA